UCAUUAUGUUACACUCUUGUCGCCUUCACGACAGAUUAGCGCAACCCAUCGGCGCUACUAAAGGGAGGCCAGCCAAGUAAACGCGCUCAGUCUAUGCAUUCUAAUCUGAAUGUGGUGGAGCUAUGAGAAGGGAGGUGCCAUUGGAUUGCAUUCGUCUGUGCCAUAGCUUUUGUAGAGAGACAAGCCAACUAUAUUCACAUUAUAAUAAUAAUCUUAUUAUAAGGCUUCGAAUAGUUUUAUUUCACGCAAAUUUGGAUUAAUCUGGAUUGAUCGGAUAUUAGUGACUAUUAUUGUUGAUUAUUAUCAUUAUUAUUUCUAUUGGCAUUAUACAUGAUUUUCAACUCCAAAUUGCAACACCAUAAUUGUCUACUACAGUUUCCAAGCGGAAUUAGCCUGUUCUGCACCUCCUGAGGAAGGCUUGAGUCUGGAUUCAUGUUAGGAAAAAUGAAGUUAAAGUUUUUUUACGGUGGGCUCUAUACGACCACCUCUAGCCUACAACUCCGUCGGCAGUUGAUAUUGCCAAUUGAAAACGUGAUGCUGUAGCCUAUUGUAGUUCAUUGACGGUAGAAAUAUUAUAAUUGUAUCUCCAUGUGAGACAUUCUCGAAUGUGGAUCACUGAAAACGAUGUAUACCGAGGUGGCUAAUUUAAACUUCAGCUCUAAUGGAAGCAUCGACGAUCCAUUGAGCUCUCUGGAUCAAGAAUGGAACGAGCCCCCGGCCAAAAGACUGUCUCGGACGGGACACCAUGUUAUGUCCGUCUUCCUUGGAUCUAUUAUGGUUUUUGGUUUCAUCAAUAACCUGGUGGUAUUGAUCCUGUUUAUUAAGUUCAAAACUCUGCGGACUCCUGUUAACAUGCUUUUGUUGAACAUCAGCGUGAGUGACAUGCUGGUGUGCCUCUGUGGCACCACGCUCAGCUUCGCAUCCAGUCUACAAGCACGCUGGCUGUACGGGAAGCACGGGUGCAUGUGGUACGGCUUCGCCAACUCUUGUUUCGGAAUUGUGUCGCUAAUCUCGCUGGCCUUCCUCUCCUAUGACCGCUACAGCACCUUAACCGUGUACAACAAGCGGGCCCCCGACUACCGCAAGCCUCUGCUGGCCGUGGCGGGCUCCUGGCUCUACUCCCUGUUCUGGACAGUGCCCCCCCUGCUGGGCUGGAGUAGUUACGGCCUGGAGGGCGCCGGGACCAGUUGCUCGGUCACCUGGACAUCCCAGACUCCCCAAUCUCACUCCUACAUCAUCUGCCUGUUCAUCUUCUGUCUGGGGCUGCCUGUGCUGGUCAUGGUCUACUGCUAUGGGAGGCUGCUCUACGCUGUCAAACAGGUGGGGCGGAUCCGUAAGUCGGCGGCGCGGCGGAGAGAGUUCCACAUCCUGUUCAUGGUGAUCACUACGGUGGUGUGUUACCUGCUCUGCUGGAUGCCCUACGGCGUGAUUGCCAUGAUGGCCACCUUUGGACACCCGGGCCUCAUCACCCCCAUCUUGACCGUGGUGCCCUCCAUCAUGGCUAAGAGUAGCACCGUCAUCAACCCCCUCAUCUAUAUACUCAUGAACAAACAGUUCUACAGGUGUUUCCUGAUCCUGUUCCACUGCAAACGGCCCAGUUCUGAGAACGGCGUCUCCUCCAUGCCUUCCAAGACCACCGUCAUCCAGCUCAACCGCCGGGGCCACAGUAACAACGUAGCCAUCACGCCCCAGCUCUCCACCGGCGCCAACCACCAUCCCCACACGGUGGAAUGCAGCACUAACAACCGUGAAGUCACCACCCCAGUCUCCGAACAGACCAGCCCAGACCCCAACCAAGAGAUCACCUCCUGUGGACAGCCGAGUACCCCCCUCACUACCCCCCAAAGCCCCUCUCGACCCACCCCCCCUUUCCCCCACGUGACAAACGCUAUCCAGUGAUCCACUGUGUCAUAUGAUAGCGUCACCACCGAGAACUCUACAGAGGAUACGGUGUUAUCCCUGGCAUUUGUCAUGCGGUGUCGCCCCCCCAAAAAACUGUCUACACAGUGAUCUCUCAUGUGGCAUCACCCAACAACUCUCCAUAGUGAUUUGUCAUCAUGAGAACGCCUCAACAGACUACCCAUAAAAUGAUCCAUCAUGAGGCGCUGUGUCACCAGAGAACUCUUCUAUACAGUCAGUGACCUAAUCCACAACGUUUCCCAGACAGAGAACUAUCAAUAUCUUCUAGUAACAAAAGUGAUCUAUUCCACAUCAUCAUCCCAGAAACUAAACUGUGAUCUAUUAUCUUAUAGAACAGGGUGUCCCAACUGGCGGAUUCAUUUGGCCCCGCAAGUUCAUAGCAAAAAUACAUAAAUUAAUUUUCGUUGUUGGACAUUAGACUAAAAUCAGCUCCAAUUGAUUUUAAGUUUUGAAAUGAUUAUGCUUUAGAUAAUGUCAUAUCUGUUUUGGCCUCUUGCUGUCAAUUGGCAGUAAUUAUGUUCUGCCCCCCCCCGCCC